CGACCUGUCAAUCCGUACUUAUUUUUACCUCGUGCCCGACAAAUUUGUUGUCCACGGCGUCCAACUGGCGUCCACCUUUUACUGAGGCUUGCGCUAGGGCCGUAGUCUGAAGUACCCCCCGGCGCGAAUACCGGUGCCGUUAUAAUUGCUUCUACAAAUAUGACAUAUAGACCUAGAGGAUCUCUAAUCUAUGACGAACCACCGGCGCUUGGCCCCGAGCUUCGAUACAGCACCCCACAACACGGGGAACAAAGUUCGCGCUGCACGAGUGUUCUUUUGACGCCUGGGGUGUUUCUGUUUCUCUCACACCCAUUCACUGCACUGCUCACGCGUACCAAACGAUGUUAUUCUACGAAUCCCUGCAUUCUCGGCCUCUCACGACUCGGUAGCUUGGCCUCGAUAGUACUUAUACCCGUGAAUUUCCCUACUUACAAAUGUCUUUCACCGGACGCAUGGUCGCGACCCGUCAUGAUUAAUUAUGUGAUCGGAAUUCUAGUUUCUUAUCUUACCUAGGCCCGACGCGUCUGGGUUGCGCAGCAAUUCAGGGCUCGUCAAACCAAGACCCGGAUAAAUGCCCUGACCUCAGUUCGG